CAGAGUACUUCCUGUAAAGCCAUUCCUGGCGCGUACCUGUGCCGUGGCCACUCUAGGCAGCAGGAACGGCCUCUAUGACCCAGCAGGGCCUGCUACUAGGUCGAUGCCCGUGGGCCAGAGUCAGCGGCGGAGGCGGGGGUACGGUAGGAAGAGGCUCCAGGGCGGCCCGAGGAGAUCUCGUCCGUGUAGACCUUCGCCAGGAGGCUCAAAUCUGAGCCCAUCGCAACCGUAGUCCUCCAGAGGCCCAGUGAUGUGGGCCCGGCGGCCGCGCAGGGUCCCUCCUUAGUGAACCUCUCCACUGUGAGUUCUUACCAACAGCUACAGCUUCUGCUCACAAACUCCUCCAGCCUGGGACUCCUCUGCAGCCAGCAGCAUUCCAGGCACCUUCUGCUGCAAUGCUGCCCUUCCACAAAUUCACCGCCUCUUCUGGACAUAGUCACCACCCCUGGCCUGGGGUCCUCCAUGAAUUGCCAACAAAUCUCAGCUUCUCAACUCCUCUCCACAAAUGGCAGUGGAACAGCCUGCCAUUUCCCCACAGGAUGCAAGGAAAUCUGCUCCAGCAGACCUCCUCCUUUCUUCACUCACUGACAUUGGGGUCCGCAUGGUCACUUCUCUCUCAUCCAACUCCUUCCACCACCACCAGGAAAUAAGAAGGAAAAACAGGAAGAACCCUCUCUUCUGACUCCUUCUUCUUAAAAAGUGAUUGUGAAGGCACUUGAUUGGCUCAGCCUCAGAAGCAGUUGCAGGUACUGAAGUAUGGCAAUAUUUUCAGUCCACCCUGCUGUUCUCUUCUAGAUUUUGAAAGAAUUAUUGUGAAGAAAUGGCCUCCAACAUUGGAAAGGAAAAGAAUGUGAAUCCUGUGCUCAGAAUCAGUCAACUUGAUGCUCUUGAACUAAACAAAGCCUUGGAACAACUAGUGUGGUCCCAGUUCACCAGCUGUUUUCAUGGUUUUAAACCAGGGGUGCUUGCUCAUUUUGAACCUGAAGUAAAAGCAUUUUUAUGGCUUAUAUUAUGGAGAUUCACUGUCUAUUCCAAAAAUGCAACCGUGGGACAGGCAGUUCUGAAUAUUCAGUACAAGAAUAACUUAUCUCAGACAGAGAAAUACCAGCCUCUGAGCAAACACCAAAAGUUAUGGUAUCUUAUUUUCACUGUUGGUGGAAAAUGGUUCGAAGAAAGAUGUUAUGAUUUAUUUAGUAAUCAUCAACUGCAGUCUUUCUGCAAAAUUAAGAGUUAUAUUAGCUUUGGAUCUGGACUACUUAAACUCUGUGGACUCCUAAAUUUUCUGAUUUUUCUUCAGAAAGGGACCUUUGCAACACUUACAGAACGCAUUCUAGGAAUUAAGUCAGUUUUUUGCAAGCCACAAAGUGUUCGUCAGGUAGGAUUUGAAUACAUGAACAGGGAGCUCUUAUGGCAUGGCUUUGCUGAAUUUCUGAUUUAUCUGCUACCACUUAUUAAUGUACAAAAACUAAAACGUAAAAUUUCUUCUUGGUGUUUGCCUAUUGCGGGUCUAUCCAAUAGUGAAAACACAUUAGCAGCUCACUGCAAGGAAUGUUCACUAUGUGGGGAAUGGCCUACCAUGCCUCAUACCAUAGGCUGUUCACAUGUUUUUUGUUACUACUGUAUUAAAAGUAACUGUUUAUUUGAUAUGUAUUUUACUUGUCCUAAAUGUGGCUCAGAGGUACAUAGUCUUCAGGCACUAAAAUAUAAAAUCGAAAUGACAGAAUUGCAUGCCUGAUACGAGGUCGGUUUGUUUUUAUACUGUACAUGAAAUGUUAAGUUGCAGAGAUUAAUGUAAAAAUGCAGAAAUUAUUGUAAACAGACAGCUUAAAGAUUGUUUUGGAGACCCUAUAAUUUUGUAUAUUGUGACAUAUUUUUACUGGUCUUAGUUUUUAACAGAGUAACAGUGCCAACUUUACUCUGAAGGAAAGAAAAGUUCCUCAUGUUGUUUCCUCUCUUGAACUAAUUAAUCCAAAAUUGGUACCCCUAUGUUACACAGUUAAUUGCGUCUGGGAUCUUGAGUCUGUCAGCCUGUCACUUCCUAACCUCAUUCUUUGUACUUCCCUCAAAGAUAGACAAGAUACUCAGUAAGCUUUCACCAAUUUUGUGGAUUUUCUCAAGCUUUUUGUAAAAGCUUCUGCCAUUGCCAAUUUAACUAGUAGAUGGAUUUAGUGGGAAAGUCAUCUUAGUUGUGCCUAAAUAAUAAUACUAAAUUUUGAUAUUAUAUUUGAAUUCCCAGUCUGAUGUUCCACUGCAAACAGGAAAGGUGUAAGCUUAAUUGUCAUCUCAGCAGAUUAUUAAUAGUUUUCAUCAUAUUCAACCACCUAUAUAUUCAUCAUAUUCAACCAGGAUAUACUCUUUAUCUAUCCCAGAAUUUUUUUCUUAUUAAUAGAUCUUAAGUUUUAAGUUAUCCAUCUGGUAAGACAAAUUUCCAUAGAUAAUAUGCACCUACAGGAGACAGAAACACUUCCUAUGCAAAUACUACCUUCUAGACAUUCAUCAUAUGAAUGAACUCAUUUUCUUGGUCAGCUUUUUGUCUGUGGUCUUCAGUGACAUAUAUAUCUCCACCUCUUGCUUCUUCCCUCUAAAGCUGAAGGUCACAGUCCAUCAUCCUUUGGAAUGUUGCAGCUGGCCAAGGUAACUCACAUUCUUCUGGGUCAGAGAUGCUGCAGAAAACUUUACUCACAAGAUGCUGUCUUUGGGACUUGCCACUCUUCUGGGAUUUUUUUUGUACGGUCCAGGUAGGUGCCAGACUUCACUAAUAGCUCACUACCACACAGAAAAAAAAAGAUGAGACAGAGUUAUAGGCAUGUAGACAUAUGAAAAAAAUAGAUGACUCUUCCUGAUUUUUACUAGUACUGUUUGCUUUCUUUGUUAGCUUUACAAUGCCCUAUUUUAACAGUAUCCAUUUACUCUCUGAUCUGCUUUUAUAAGAUUUAUUAUUAAAAAUUACAGUCCUUUUAACAGAAAGUGUUACCCAGAAGCAUCUCAUUAACGCAAAAAUACAUUGCAUUAUCUUUUGACUCUUAAAUGAAAUUCUUGGAAACUUAACAGUUGCAUUGAGUAAAUACCUUUAUGAUGUCUGUGUUCUUGAUUGACUGUCAUCAGUAGUCAGCCCCAAAAAUAGUAUGGUAACAACUGAUCCAGUAUCUUUGAUGUACUUCUGUGAAAUGGUUUAUUACAUUCUUCAGUGUCUGAUUAAAACAACCCACCAGCCUGUUUGUUUGAAGAUCUUAAAUUCUAGGUUUUGAUCUUUUAGUGACACACGGUGCUUUCAUCUGAUGCAAUUAAAUAUAGUUAGCGGGUUUGUAAGUAUCUUUGGGCAGCCCAAAACUUGAUUAAUUCUGCUACUGUUCUGUGAGUCAACAGAGACUUCAGAGUCACUGCUUCCAGAUACUGUGCUGCAAUAUAUUAUUUGCCAUCCAAUGCGUUCGUCAGCAGCCUGCCAAAAUUCUGUUACUUCCUGUUGCCAUUUGAACCGGCAGGUACAAAUCUGUCUUUUUUGGAAGUACCAAAACACGAGUCUGUUGGAGAAUGUCCUAGAGUCACUUGCUGGUCCUGAAGUGAUUCUGAACAAAUUGUCCAUCCACAUCACUUAAUAGCCCUUUCCAAAGAAAUUGUUAGCAACCCUGACUUUAAAGUGGUCUAAUGCCUUCAAAAAGGAUCAUGAGCAUUUCUGCUACCUCUUUCUAACUGUCCUUAUUAUUUAAGAUUUGUACACAUCCAAAAUCCAGUCUUUGUUGUUUAUAAUCAUAGCAGACCUUUGUUUCUUGUGCUCUUCAUUCCAUCUGAAGUCACAGUCAGCAUUGUGUCAAAAGAGCAUGGAAUUUUCUGUAUUGGACUGUUAGAUGUCACGUUCUUCUUAUGUAGAAGUUAACUUUCCUAUUGAAUAAUGAUAUUGAAUAAUGAUUUUUUUCUGAAUAUUUAAAUAAUUUUGUCUUCCUUUUUAAUUCCACCUUUCUCUGUCCUGCUGUUUGAUUUACCUGAACUGUAUUAAUUUCUCGAGGUUUGUUUUGUUUCUUGCAACUUCAAGCAAGUGGAAUCCUAGAAAAAUGUAUACUCUGGUUUUCAUCCCUGUUACAAUAUCAGUACAAAAUCUCUAUUUUUUACUGAAGUUUUACACCUUUGUUGUAUGGCUCUUUUCUACUGGCUGUGCUAUAUUGCACUUGGCUCCCUGUUUUUUUUCUUCUGAAAUUGGACUUUUGAUGCUUAACUUAAUAAUGGCUUAUUGUACCAAAGCAUUGGUCUGAUACUGUAGUACCUUAUUAUCAGUAUAUUAUAUUUGUAGCACUGACCAACUGUGUAAAGUCUAUGUCUUAAGGCAUAAAUAAACAGUUGGCAUUACUGUAAGAUCCUGGAUCCUAAGGUGUUGCUUUAAUUAUUUUAUUUUCCAUGCAAGUAAGCAGGUACUAAACAUCUCACAGAAACAGAAGAAAGUGAUUCUGUUUGUCAGAUACAGAUAUUUUAUUCUUUUUUUUAAAACCUACCAUGUGGUGAAACCUUCGCUCAGUUGUAGACACAACUCGGAUUGAUGAGACUAAGGUUUCAACUGUAUAUUGGAAAAACUUCUGGCAACUAUGUUAGCUUUUUAGGACUCUGAAGUUAAUUCAAUAUUCAGCAGCUUCCUCAUUGCAGUGUAAAAUUAAAAAUACACUUUUUUUUAUAGAGUCAUUCUGCUUCAUUUUGUUCUGUGAUAAACUACAGAACAGCCUUACUUGAAAAUAUUAUAGAAGAACCAUAAUUUGCAGACUAAUCAAAGGAUUAUGAAUGUUACAUACUAAUUUGUUGGUAAUUUGUCCUCAUAAGCAUCAUGUAUUUUAACGUUAAAACUACCCUAACAAAGGACUAAGAUGCACCUGGUGAUAUUUCCUGUAGAAGAUGGGAUAAAACUUAUUUGGGAAUGUUAUUCUUUUCAGUUAUUUUUCUAAACAAAAGGUUUUUAUUGUUCAACUACCGUGGAAAUGUAUGUCUGAGCAGUCAUGUGUGCAUCAGUGAAAAGAAGAAAUGCCUAGAAUUUAGGAAAGCUAAGGAACUUCUACUCAGUCUUAGAUAGGAGUUACAGACCUGUAUUUUCAUUUGUGCUUUGUUGUCUUUCUGUCAACUUUUCAUUGUAUCUUAAAGCAGUCAUAACUGCAACAGACUAAUCAUAUUAAUAAAUGUAUUAGAAAA